CGGAGCCCGGGUUCCAGCCCCUCGGGAGCUCGCUAUUGCUGCUUUCCCCUGGGGUUCCGCUCUCUCUUUCCCCGUUUGGGUACCGACUCAGCUUUCUAAAUGAAAAUAUAGCGUCAGUUUACAUCAUGGUUUUAGUUCUGUUUGCUCCUGUUAUUUUGAUUGCCUAACCCUUUUCAUUGCUUUUUUGACUUCUGCUGCGUAUUGAGCUGAAGUUUUCAGAACUAUCCCCGGUGACAGCCGGGCCUUUUCGCUGAGUGCUUACAUUUCCUUUAGAUCCCCAAAACGUGUAUACAUAGGUUAAAUUAUUUCUUCCUGUGAGCAACCUUUCACCUGCCAAUGUAUCUUGUCUGCCAUCAUAUUGCCCAGUCAGCUAGUUUUGUUCCUCACAAUCUUGCCUAGCCUUGACUAAAACGAAAGAAUCUUGUGUCAUUAACAGAUCUUGCUACUCUGAAACCUGUCACCUCCUUGUCGCCCUUUAUUCCAGAUUGCUUGCAUAUUAAACCACUCCGGUUUUAAUACAGACCUUAGGGCAACUCACUGGUUUCAGAGUAGCAGCCGUGUGAGUCUGUAUUCGCAAAAAGAAAAGGAGGACUUGUGGCACCUUAGAGACUAACAAAUGUAUUUGAGCAUAAGCUUUUGUGAGCUACAGCUCACUUCAUCGGAUGCAUUUGGUUCACUCACUGUUAACCUUUUGCCAUUAGUUCAAACUUCUUGUUUUCUGUCUCCUAGCUGUCAAUAUCUAAUGAGAUAAAACUUCACCUCUUAUCCCAUGGCUACUUAGUUUUCUUAAGAGACUUCGCAUAAUUAGCAGAGGAAAAAUAUCAAAUUCUGUUAUGAGAUGUAAAUAUGGCUUCCCAAAGUCACUAUCAACACAACUGUUUUCUUGCCAAAAAGAAAGGAGAGCAGCAGCAGUUCUCAGGUGAUGCUCUGGCACACCAAUGAUUCAUGGAAUUUCUAGUCUGCAGAAUUUUUGUAAAAUGAGCAAUAAGUGAUUGGGGUGUAUUUGACAUGAUAUGGCGCUACAGAAAGAUCUGUCUCUUAUCUUAUAAAGUGCCCCACAAAAUGACUCAGUUGGAGAUCUGCUGUUUGACAGAAUCUGUUGCUACUGGCACAGGAAAGAAAUCUUCCAAGCAGCAUAUAAGCAGCAUGUCUCUGUUCUUCCUCUCCCUGAAAAGAAAAUGGAGAUGGUUCUUAACUGUAGAUGAGCUCUUGAUACUGCUAUUCAACCCUAAUAUCCCCAGAAAGAGGGACUAGGACUAGAAUGUCAUUCCAAACGCUAAGCAGAGGAAUCCACUGGUUCACUAGGGCACUACACCAUUCAAUACAAAAAAGCUGCACAAGCAGGGAGACCUAUUUGUACCCUUCUGUUGUCCCUAAUCAAAUUGUUACUCAGAACACACACCCACUCUUUGCAGCCACAUACUCCGGGUGGAUUCAGCAGGCUUACAAUUUGUGAGGGUCUCUCCAAGUAAGAAAAGGGCUCCAAACUGGCAAAGGAGCCAUGACUUGUCCAAAUUCCUGGUCCAAAGUCCAGAGAGGAAGAUUGGACAGUGAGUUACCUCUCCUACUGCUGAAUUGGUUUAGUAAUUGUUUAGCUGCCUCUCUUUCUUGUGCUGCUGAAGGAGGUUGCUGUGUUAUGAUAGAAAUAUCUUUUUUUAUACUGCACAGGAAUAACAGAUUCCUUUAUUAUGUGGGCAGCGUGAGAUUUCAGAGUCCUUAACUGUUCAUAUCCUUGAUUUUAAGUAGUUGGCACUUUAAUUAGGUGAUAGGUAACUAUACUGUUGUCAUUUAGCACCUUAACUGGCUUUGGAAAGCAUUUUUAUUGGGUUUCAGCCAGAACCCUAAUGUUUAAAUUAUGAACAUAAAUGCUAUAUUUACAUGUGAAAUUUGAACAUGAAUUUUGUGCAUGAAGUUUAGGAUCCUGUGUUGAAUCAUUUGGCCGUAACAUUUUUGCAUUGUAUUAAUAUGAUUAUUUUAUUUUUGACUGUGUCCAAAAGCUUACCAGGCCCUUCACAGAAGAGAGAAAGGCAGAGCACCUGGCCAGAAGUGCUUCAUAUCUAAUUUUAUGCAUUCCACCUUUUCUUUGUGAAAUACAGUGAAAUACUUAGAGUACAAUGCAAUAGGUGAACAAAUCUGUGUUUUAUAUGCUUUAUACAGAUUUGAGGCCAGACCUGCAUUCAGUUAUACGCAAGUGUGUGCAACUGAGAUGUCAAUCUCACUGUCUAUGUUCAGGCAGAUAUUUAGGUUAACUUCUCCUACUUUUGCUCAUUUCCUUGAAAUCUUUGUGUUUCUGAACCCAUUGAGUAAUAAAGGGAGUAUUUUAGCAAAGUAUGACUUAGAGGCUGCUGAACUUCCUUGUUAGUCCUGAAUUCCAGGCAGGCGCACCUAUCUGUCAGCAAAGAGCUGAGUGAGGCUUUAGGCAGCUGCCAAGAUAGCCAGACCCUGAAGGACUUUAGAGAGGAAUCUGUUUUAUUUGUGUAUACGGAGAGAAAAUGGCAUAUCGAGACUUAGUAAGAGGCUGGCAUGAAGGAAUUCUGGCUGUGGAUAAGGGGGACUGGGGCUCUGCCUUGAAAAUCUUCUCCAGUAUUGAAGAGCCGUCCUCCAGGAUCUGUUUCAACAUCGGCUGUGUGCAUCUCUUAACAGGGAACCCUGAGGGAGCCUUGCAGGCCUUUGAUAAAACAGUUACCAAGGACAACCAUCUAGCUGUUGGCUUCUUUCAAAGAGGGUUUGUCCAUCUGCAGUUAGCAAUGUAUGAAGAAGCUCUGUAUGACUGCAGCAUGGCCCUCACUCACCUAAGAAAUAACCUUUUCAUUGACUACAAACAACUGGGACUAAGGCACAUGCUCUGUGCCUGGGAGGUGCUAUACAAUACUGCAGCAGUGCAGAGCCGGCUUGGGCUGUGGCAGGAAGCUAGAAUAACCCUGGAGGAGGCUGUCAGACAGAGGCCUGAAGGAAGACCCACAAGCCUGGAUAUUGCCCUUGAGCGGGUGCAGAAUCAUCUCCUCCUGGAGCCCAUACAUGUUCCCCUGGAGGAAUUUUUCAGACCAAGAAAGGAGGAAGUUGAGCAGCUGAAUUCAAAAGAUUUCCUGGGUAAACCAAAGAUGAUCUCCUCCAUCAUUCCCAAUGAUGAGUACAUCGGAUUUGAGCCUCUCAGGCCACAGAGACAGGGCUUUUACGAACCCAGUGUCAAUGCUGUGCGAGACCAUGACUCAGGUUACUAUCGAGUUGUGACUCAUUAUUACCCUGAGGACUCCGAAGAGAUGGCAGUGAAGGGCAGCACUAUCAUCUUUGUACUAAAUAAAGGGGCAGACGGCUGGGCUACAGCCAUAUGUGACGGACAGAAACUGCGUAUACCGACCUCUCAUCUGGAGCCUGUUCAUGCCCCCAAGGCUGAUAAAUGGAAAGUCAGUAAUGGGAUCCCUCUUCCCCCUGUUAAAGUACCCCCCAACCGGCCCCACUUGCAGGAAAUGGACCAGCAGCCAGGACCUGCUGAGGGAGAAGACACUGCUGCAAAUGAUGCUGAUCUGCAAGCAGACUCGCAGGUCCCACUGGCUCAGGACAAAGCAUCCUCCAGUGAGAACAGCUCCAUCCUGCUGAAAGUCCACUGUGACUAUACAGUUAAAGUGAACAAGACCCUGACCUUGUCAGACCUCAGGUCUCUACUGCGGGAGACAUUCAGCCAGCAGGCAGAGAUUGGGAAGCUGAGCUGCAGGCUUUCAGACAGCAAAGAGUUAAUUGUGAUUUCGGGAGAAGAGGAACUGGAAAAGAUGUGGCAGCAGGUGACAGAUGGGAGGCUGACACUCUGGUGCCAGGGCACAGGUGCCUGUUCAGACAGACCUGUUCUCUACAGGAUGGUAGCACACCAUGGUUACACAGCGCAAAGGCCUGAGGAUCUGGAAUUCAAUGAAGGAGACACACUGGACAUUCUCUCUGAAGUGAAUGAGGAAUGGCUUGAAGGCCAUUGCAAUGGCAACUUUGGCAUUUUCCCCAAGUGCUUCGCUGCUCAGGCCAGCAUUGGGGCUGCCCUCCCUUAGAGAAGAGAUGCUUCUUCCUGCCAGACUCCACAAGAAGCCGGCUAGGCUCUGGACCCCACUUCACCUUACUCAUGUCUCCUACAGAACAGGAGAAGCUUACGCUAAUUAAUUCAGGUCUGACCAUCGCCUGCUCUGCUAGGUAUUUAAUGAAGCUGCCCAUACAGGACGCUUCCCAGUGUGGGACCCCAUUAUCCAGAAACUGGGCAGGAUUAGUUUCUGUAGCAGAAAUAGCAUUUUCUAUGGCAUGUGUCUGGCCUCAAUAUAAUAAUAAUAAUUAAUAAUAAAAGUGAGAUGACAGGUCUGACUGGGGAGUGGGGGAGGUGGGAUCUGGGUGCAAGGCAUGGGGUGGUGUCUCAUGAAGGACACUCUGAGAGGUGCUGACACAGCAAAUGGAGAUUUCCCAUCUCAGACCCAGCCACCAGCUCUUUCUGUAGCAAGAACUUGGGGUUCAAAGGUGCAGAUUAAAUGGCAAUAAGAACCAGCUCCUCCAAAAGAGGAGGCCGUGCUCUGAUAGUGGCAGGGGGCCUGGCUCAGGCCUUAAUCCCCACUUCCCACCAGGUGGAAUAAAAGUGAGGGAAGUGGGACUUUGCUGUCACUGGAUAUGCCCAUGCUGCUGUUAGAAACCCACGGCUGCCCCAUGCCAGCUGACUCGGGCCCAGGGACUGUUUGAGCUCAGUGUAGGCAUUUGGGCUCAGGGCAAUUAAAUAGCUCCUUAGCCUGAGCCCCACGGGCCUGAGUCAGCUGGCACAAGCCUGCAGCAGGGGACUAAUGGCAGUACUGACAGACCCACUGAGGCCAGACUGUGGGAGGCAAUGUGCCACCCAAAGAGCCAGAGCACAGGGAGGCAGGCCUGAUUCUCUGGGACCCACACAGUGUAGAAACAGCACUGUUCUGGUUUUCACACCCACUUUGGACUGCUGUAAAUGAGUGCACAUGAAUCAGGCAUAGGGUGUGUGGCCUCUCCAAGCCCCAUUGAUCUGCCAGAGGCAAAGGGCCCUGCGCCCAGACAUCUUGGGUUGUGGGAAUUGUCCCUGGUCAGCUGAACACUGGUGUUGUCCCAAUCGGUUCCGUGAAGUUGGGCCAAAGCAGGGAGCCAGACUAUGAGGGACUGAGAACUGGGUUGGAGGGAAGGAAUGCAGGGCCUGGGGAUAAAGAACAGGGUGGGGGAGAUGGCCAGGUGACAGGAGCUGAGGCAUUGGGGGGAGGGCAGCCAGAGAAACAGGUCUAGCAAAGCCCAGAGGGAUCAGGGAGUGGAGAGCCAGAAGGAGGAAGUGGUAAGUGGAGCUGAAAGGAGUCAUGGGGGAGCUAAGAACACAGAGAGGGCGGGGCUCAUGGGAGUAGAUAAAAAUAACCUGUGGGGGAGAGGGGUGACCUAGGGACUCUACUUUGCAAAAAGGGAUGCAGGAUCUGCAGGAUGUUCCUGGGCACCAGCCCCUGGGGCUCGCUCGGCCCAUCAGCCACGCAGAGCAUGAGCCUUUGGGAGCUCACUCAUCCCCACGGGCCUGAGGGAGCUCCCUUGGCCUUCCUUCCUGCCUGACCUCUCACUCGGCCAAGCCUCUGCGGAGUUGCUCAGCCCAUCAAUCCUUAAUAGUCCUCACCUGGCU